CGGCGGGACGAAGGCGGGGCGGGCGGUCGUGCCCGGGGUGGUGCCCGGUGCCCGGGGUGGUGCCCGGGGUGGUGCCCCGUGCCCGGGUGGUGCCCGCGGCCGUGCCCGGUGCCGGCAGCGGUGCCCGGGCCAUGCACUCCCUCGCCCAGGAGAUCCGCAGCUUCUCCAAAGCCAACCUACGGAAGCAGCGCACCCGCGUGACAACACUGAGCGGCAGGAGGAUCAUCGAGACGUGGCGCGGCGCCUGCCUGCAGGUGGAGGAGGAGGCGGCGGCGGCACCCGGGGGCGGUUUCGUGCAGGACCUGAGUGCCGACCUCCAGGUCGGCGUCGUGAAGCCCUGGCUGCUGCUGGGGUCGCAGGAUGCUGCUCACGACCUGGAAACGCUGAAACAGUACAAGGUUACUCAUAUUCUAAAUGUGGCAUAUGGAGUCCAAAAUGCCUUCCUUAAUGACUUUAUAUACAAGACUAUUUCUAUUCUGGACCUCCCAGAAACUGAUAUUACCUCCUAUUUCCCGGAAUGUUUUGAGUUUAUUGAGGAAGCCAAGAUCCAGGAUGGUGUGGUACUGGUCCACUGCAACGCAGGAGUCUCCCGUGCGGCGGCAGUAGUCACUGGUUUUCUGAUGAAUUCAGAAAGACUGAGUUUUGCUAGUGCCUUUUCCUUGGUGAAAAGUGCAAGGCCUGCGGCUUGUCCAAAUCCUGGCUUCAUGGAGCAGCUUCACAAGUACCAAGAACAGAAUAUAAAGGCAAAUGGAAGCAUAAAUGAUCAUGACUGAUCAAAAGGGAGAAGUUAAGCAAUCUGUUUAAACUAUAGAGUAACAGAUGUUGGAUGUACUGUCAUUUUUGCAGUCCCCUUUCACAUGUGCAUUUUAAAGUCUUUCUCUGCGCACUUUUUUGUGUCUCCCCCCUUUGACCUCCUUAUUUUCAGCAUGUAGUCUAAAGGCCAAAUGGUAUUCCACUGACUUCAGAGAUUAUUUUGCCCAAGAAGCAGCUCUUCCUAGAGCAUUAAUAAAAAGAUGAAGUUUUACUUUCCUUGCAAUAUUAGAAAAAACCCCAAUGAUUUCUUUUAUUGAACCGUCAGAGAAUGCAGGCAAUAGAGAAAGGAAACCAACUGAGAUUAGUUGCCCUUUUAAGUGGUAAACCGAAUCUUUAUGCAUUCUAGUUGGUUGUAAAAUCUAGAUAAUAAAAUGUUCAUAUAAUAAAGUACCUCUAUUGGAUUUUAAAUUUAAAUUGCAACUGCAGAGGAUUUUAUUGAAUUUUGUGGGCUAGCCAGCCAUUAAAUAUUUUUGGAAAUUAAAACCAAUGUUUUUUUUGAUGGAAGCAGAGGUUUAAAAUGCUUUAAUGCUUCAUUUCUUUCUACUGUUUCUCAUCAGGUUGUGAUUUGAAGCGCGUUAACAUGAUAUUUUCAAAGUGCUGGAGCCAGGGGAUCGGGGGCUUUUUUAAGAUGAUUUUGGUGGUGAUAAGAAAAACGUUUGUAACAACGUAUCUCUGACUGGCUGCUGCUGCCUUUGCCUUCAGCUGCUGUCCCCUCACUGUGCUCCACAUGGUGUCUGAGGAACUGGUGUCACGUGACCGGCAACUGACCCUCCUGCCCGAGCUCGGGAUGGAAUUGCUGUCUUCAGGUGUCACGUUUAAAAAAACUAAAAUACUUUCAUAAUGCUUUUGUGGCCUUCCUGACAGUUAUAAACGGUUUGAUAUGUUAAUAUACAAUAAAAUAAAAGGAAUUCUGUGUUUGGAUAAA